AUGUUAACUUUGGAAAAAUCUUGUGUUCGUUCUGAAACUCUAUGUUCAAAGAUUCGCUCCCGACUUCCAGCGCUCGCACGACUAUCCCGUUCCUGGAAUCUGCUCUACUCUCUCGAUCAGCACGGCAUUUCUCUGCACACGCUUUACAAUAAGUGCGAAAACCAGCCGCAACUUAAGGUCAGCUCGGCGUUUACCUCCAAAGUCAGUGCAUUGGUUGUGAUGAAAGACUCUGGGGAUGCUGUUUUUGGGGUGUAUAUGGGCGACGGAGUGAGGCAAAGCAAAGGGAAGGGAUACUAUGGCAGUGGGGAAUCCUUUCUAUGGCGUUAUGUUAAUGGAAAUCUUCAAGUUUUCAAGUGGACGGGAAAGAACGAAUACGUAGCAUUGUGCGAACCUGAAUUCCUUUCGUUUGGCGGAGGUGACGGCGUAUAUGGCUUAUAUCUUGACGAGUCCCUCUUCGACGGAUCCUCAGCCCGUUGUCCGACGUUCGACAAUGAGCCGCUGUGCUCACCUGGUGAUAGGAAAGGAAGGGCUGUCUCUUUUGAGUGUGUAGGUCUGGAAGUUUGGGGAGUGGGUCCCUAG